AUAGUGCCCAACCACUUCGACUGUCGGGGAUUAAACGCCGGCCUGCAGGAAGCGAGACCAUCAGUCUACCGUCCAGCCCAAGUGGUACUACCGUUCAGAGACAGUGUGAGAUGUGGCACCACCGCUCAGAGAGUGUGAGAUGUGACACUGCCGCUCAGAGAUGUGGCACUAGAGAUGAUGAAGGAGGGAUGCCAGCUGUGCAGGAGCCCUCAAUGACGCGGUAAGGUUCAAGUAACAUAACAGAGCGCGAACAGCUGCAUGACCACACAGAUGAAGGGCAACACCGCUACUCAAAUGUGUGGCUGCCGAAGUUGUCGCACAUAAACCAGUGUACUUUGUUCGUCUGGCAGCGUGCCGAGACUCUGCUAAUGACACUAAGUGGUCAAUGGUCGUUGGACGGCCUCACUACCCAGUGUGGCUCGCAGCUGGGGUCGUGGUCUCCUGCCUGACUUGACCUUCACCGAUAUUUAGAGAUAUAUAUUACAUGUUCACGAGCGUAAUCAAUGACCAGGACCGUCAAGAACUGUACAGUGUCACUUCAGAAGGCAGAACCAUCUCUUCACCCAACUGAAAUGUCUAAAUUUUACCACUAAACUCUGUUCCUUAAUUUAACUUGUGAAUGGAACACUUGAAAAUCAGACCUCAUCGAAUCCACGUUAUGAGUCGGCCGUCUCCUUACACUCAUCAGUCAAGUAGUGGGAGCGUGUUGCAGCGCCUUCCCCGGGAGAUGGAGGGCGGGGGGAAGGUACAGGACUGGCCGCAGCUUGUGGCGGGACCCAGCUGCCCGCCGCGCUCCAGGGCCCUGGUCAUCGCCUCUGUCGAGAUUGUUGUUCUCGUUCUCUUCCUAGUGUUCUUGGGAUACAGAACCAUCUUCUCCAAACACAAUGGUCCGAUGCUGGAGGUCGUGGCCAUCUCGGUCUCUGCAGUGAUCCACCUGGUUGUUGGUAUUCUACUGCUGCACGCUGCUCGCCAACUGGGGGAGAGGCGCGGGGUGGUGGUGGUGUGGGCGUGGGCGUGGGUGAGAGUGGUCCUCCUGGCCACAGAUCUCGCUAUGGUGCUGGUGCAGACGGUCGCAGGGAGAGACCCCAUCAUAUCUACCUGCAUCCUCGCCUUCUGCGUCGUCUCCGUCAGCAACAUUAUUGUCGUCAGAUACUUCGUCCUCAACCACCUGGAGCCUGUCGAUGGCAGGAGACCGGGAAGCACACACCUGCAGGGAAGACCGGGAAGCACACACCUCUAGUGAAGACCGGGAACCACACACCUGUAGUGAAGACCGGGAACCACACACCUGUAGUGACGACCGGGAACCACACACACCUGUAGUGAAGGCCGGGAACCACACACACCUCUAGUGAAGACCGGGAACCACACACACCUCUAGUGAAGACCGGGAACCACACACCUGUAGUGAAGACCGGGAACCACACACCUGUAGUGACGACCGGGAACCACACACCUGUAGUGAAGACCGGGAAGCACACCUGCAGGGAAGACCGGGAAGCACACACCUCUAGUGAAGACCGGAAACCACACACCUCUAGUGAAGACCGGAAACCACACACACCUGUAGUGAAGACCGGAAACAGCACACACCUGUAGUGAAGACCAGGAAGCACACACAUGUAGUGAAGACCGGGAACCACACACCUGUAGUGACGAUCGGGAACCACACACCUGUAGUGAAGACCGGGAACCACACACCUCUAGUGAAGACCGGAAACCACACACACCUGUAGUGAAGACCGGGAAGCACACCUGCAGGGAAGACCGGGAAGCACACACCUGUAGUGAAGACCGGGAACCACACACCUGUAGUGAAGACCGGGAAGCACACACCUGUAGUGACGAUCGGGAACCACACACCUGUAGUGAAGAUCGGGAACCACACACCUGUAGUAAAGACCGGGAAGCACAUACACCUGUAGUGAAGACCGGGAACCACACACCUGUAGUGAAGACCGGGAAGCACACACCUGUAGUGACGAUCGGGAACCACACACCUGUAGUGAAGACCGGGAACCACACACCUGUAGUGAAGACCGGGAACCACACACACCUGCAGGGAAGACCGGGAACCACACACCUGUAGUGAAGACCGGGAACCACACACACCUGCAGGGAAGACCGGGAACCACACACACCUGUAGUGACGACCGGGAAGCACACACCUGUAGUGAAGACUGCACAUCUUUGCACAGUCAGCUGUGUGGAGCAUGGACUGUGUAUGUCUGAUUAUUUACGCUGGAUGAACUGUAUGUUAAGUUGUCACUUGACUACAUAUGAUGCGCAUGACUGGCAUCAUAUGUAGUUAAGUGACUAUGACUAUGACUAUGACACCGCAUGACUAUGUGGUGUGAGAAAUAAGCCUAACCUGACUAUACAAGGUGUAUGUUUAGUCUACUGUAUUAUUGGAUGUAUUAUUUCUGUUCUCCGAUGUAUUUUAUCAGAAUAAAGUUUAAUAAAAUAUGUACUUUAC